AUGACCACAAUCCCCUCCGUCGCUUUCCACGAUAUGGACGCGCCACACCUGGACGACCAAAUGGACGUCGCAUCGUCACCUUUUCGACAGGUUGACGAUAUCGACAUCGAUCUGGACUCCGUUCGCGAUCCUUCCGUCAUCGGCUCAGUUAAUGAUGACAUGGUUGAUGACGACCGGGUUCAGCUAGACAACCAUGAUACUGGAUUCGUUCAAACGCAGGCCGAGGUUGCCGUUGCCGAUGAUGAUAUGAUUGAUGAGACCAACCCGGAAGACCUUGAUUUCAACAUGGAUGGGGAUGCCGGUGACAUCCCUGUGGACGAAGACGAGGACAUUCUCUACGAAGAAGAAGAAGUCGACACCUCCAUCCAGCCAGAAGGUGACGUCGCUCGAACUAAUAUAGAGGCCGUUGCUGAGGUCGACCUUGUCGAUUUUGAGACUGAUGCUGCUUCACAACCUCAGCCUUUCCAUGAGACAGAAGAGACAUUCCUUCCAGUCGAAGACGAGCAAUCUCUACCCGAAGAUACCUUGAUACAUUCUGAGGAAAAUGUACAGGAAGACUCUGAACUUAUACUAGAGCAAGUGGGACAAGAUGUCUCUGGUGAGAAAGACCAUACUCUUCCACAGGAACAAACUGCCGGGGACUAUCAAACGCAGGCCAAAAGCAGUGUAGAGCACCUCCCAAAUGAGUCUGCUGACGGCCGAGAUCAGUCCGACACUGCACCGCAUACCGUUGAUGGCUCAGACUCGGUGCCGCAGGAAUACGAGGCUGUAGAAGCGGCCACCAACGACCACCCACCCCCCCAUCCUGUCACUCUAAACUACAUGGACGAAGAGAUGUCACUUUUCCCACCAAUGAUGGAAGAUGCCUCUGCUGUGUACUUUCUGCAGGAUUCGACUCUCGCCUUUGAACCCCUGGACAAAUUGCUUGCCGCGUGCCGUGAGAUUCUGACAGGGACACUUGAGCACCACGACGAACUUGUUUUGGACAUCGGUUCUCUUGGACUUCACAUCUGUGAGGAUUCAAAGUAUGCUUCUCAGCUUAGCCUCUCUCAAAUUCUCGACACAUACCUGCUCCUUUGCCACAACGAUGGUACUCAAGAGAUUCCUCCGUUGUAUUGUUACCUGAGUAGCCGUGUGAGCUUGGCUUCUCAAUAUGCUUACCUGCUAUCUUCAGCGACUGAAGGCAAGGGCUUCUCCGAGGUAGCUGCGGAGUAUGUUGACACACCCGAGCCAGAGGAAGCUCAAGAUGGGUCUGCUAUUGAGCACAGCCCCGAACAUCUCGAACAGCCUGCAACUAUCGCUGAGCAAUACCCCAACAAUGUUGAAGGUAGCGUCAUCGGCAAUACAGAGCGUGAGGAUGCGAUUCCUGACGAUGAUGACACUGGCAAGAGUCCUGCGUUUGAAGAAGGUUCAGAACCGGUUGCUGAUACCGAUGCCAACCCCGACGAUGCAGAGGCUGAUUUGGCACAUCCAACGGAGUCUGAGGAUGUUACCACGACCCAAGAACCGGCCGGAGCAAACGAGGCACCCGAAGUCGAUGCACCCGUGGCUGUUGGCGAAAUGUCACAAGAGGCACACGAUGGCCCUUCCGGUGAGAUUCUACAUGAUGAGGGCGGCCACGAACUCGAAGAUAGUCAUCGGCCGGAAAGCCACGAGGACGAGACCAACAGCUCCCAUACCCUCGAAGCGUAUCCGCCCGAGGCUGAUGAAGACCAAGUCAGUGGUGAGGAAGUUGAUGUUGAAAACCUCUUUGCCGAGUCGUAUGAGCAUAUUGAUCUGGAACAUGAUCAGCCCGCUCCUCAAGAUGAAGAAGGUGUCGAAUCGUUCGGUGACGAAGAACUCUUCACAAAGGAGAGCGAGGCAGAUCUUCUCGAGAAUGAUCUUGCGACCACUGCCGCCGAGCCUGCUCAGCCCGCUGCGAUCAAUCCAGAGGGCAGAGAAGAAUUGCCAAAUGGACAUGAUGCUGUCCCGGCGUCGAACUUUCCUGGAUUGAACGGUGGUGGUAUUUCUGCCGAGUCUAGUCUACAACCGCCACAGAAUACAAGUCCUCCUGUCACACCGUCCAAAAACAUGCACGCUAAACGCAAAGCCGACGAUGACGAUGAACUGGACCUUUUGGACUUCGACACACCUGAACCUAAACGUCGUCGACCCUCGUAA